AUGGUUCUUGACACGGAAUUGACGACGUUAGGGGGCUGCACGUACUCCCCUAAAGGACCACCAGAAAAAGAAUUUUCAGAAUAUUUUUUGACUAUUGAUCAAAUUAGCAGCAUGAGCGUCUCAUCAGAGCAAAUUCAGAAGGCGCUGUUGGCGUUCGAUAACGAUAAGGAUGGAAAGGUGUUCCCAAAUGAGGUCGUGCUCGCCCAACUGUCCACUGGUGUUUUUUUGAAUCAAGAAGACAAAACAAAAUUUGAAAAGCAAUUGGGCGGAAAGUCGUUCAAUUAUUCCGAGGCUUCGAAGCUUAUUGAGGGUGUCACAAAAGGCAGGGAUCCCAAGAAAGAAUUAAUGAAAAUGUUUUCCGCCUUCGACGCGAAGAAGGAUGGUCAUAUUUCUGCAGCAGAAAUGAAAGCGGUUCUACAAAAUCUUGGUGAAGUGCUAAGUCCACCACAAAUUGAUAAAUUGACCGAAAAAUAUUCCAAGAAUGAUAAAAUCAAUUACUCCGAGUUGAUUGACUACAUGCUGGGAUAA